AUGGCCGAGCAAAAACCAGACACACCGAGCCUCCCGCAUCGACCUCAUGCUCCUGUCAUCCAACCUCCCGCUCACAAUCAAGUCGACCGCGACCAGGAUUUACCAACACUCGGAUCAUCGAGGCGUCUGUGUGAACCUGGUGGCGCCGUCCGCGGAAGACAGAUGCACUCCACCCUUCAAGCUGAACGACACCAUUCUCGAACACGCUGGCUUCUGCGGCAUGGUACUCAACGAGAUAGCAGAGCUGGCGCGCCGCCCCGACCCCGAGAACCACUGGACUGCUUUCAAGGCCGACGUAGCAUGGCUAGCCCAGUGCCUGUGCGGCUCCAUUGCGAAAGACCGGGCGAAGGCUCUGGCCCAAGCGAGCCGCAAGCUCAAAAUCAUCGAAGGCAAUCUCCUCGCAGCAACAUCCCCCGCAGAGGCAAAACUGCUUGCAGCCGAACGAGCGGAGCAGGAAGCCCGUGUCAAAGCUGA